AUGGCCUUCCAAUCGGAGCCUGGUGCGCGGCCGACUCUCGCCGCUGCGUCCGUCUCCGCCCACCUCUGGAUCCGCUCUGAUGAACGCUCGGGCCACAGUCACAUAACCCCAGCUCCGGGUCCAGCCCACUUCCAUCCACGCAGCAGCUCAAAGAUGAUGGAGGAGACUGAUUACGAGAGCUUUGGAACGCGCCAAAACAACGAGCGGGUGACCUCCAAAGUGGAAGAGACAUUUUGGCAGACAUUUUGGAAAAUUCAAAUCAAAUGUAGUCUCGGAAGCUGUGCCAACGUCGUUAUUUUUCUCCAGCUGAAAAAGAAAAAGUCGCCCACUCAAGUUGAUGUGAUUGUGGCCGUAAUGCGAUUUCAGGCCUCGUUUGAUCGCGGUGCUGUUGGCUUUGAUUGA